GGACUUCACAAGAUGUCCCGGUUAAUUGUGAUCGUACUCGUUGGGUUUUUAAAUUUGAUAUCUAUCCCACCGGGUAUCAACUCAGGCUACAACAUGACAGAGGUGAUGAGAUACCUUCCUGAUGCUCACUCGAGAGAAAUAUUUCGAAAGAAUUUUUACCUCGAUUCCGCGGGACGGAUACACCGUCGGAGUCACAAACCGUCUGCAGUGGAUCCUUGGUUGUUGAAGUAUUUCUACCCAGACGAAGCUGGUCAUCUUUAUCCUAUCAAGGAUUUUAGAUCAGCUCGAUUUUUCUUCUCCCGCAAAACACGUUUCCUAUUGUACACCAAGGGACACAGUCGUCGCCAGAUUUUGCGCCGUAAGGAUCCGGAAUCGAUUCGAAGAUCGAGAUUCGACAAAAAUAAUCCAACCAAAAUCAUCAUCCAUGGGUUCCGGGAAAACGCCAAAGCUGAGAUCAACAAACUGCUUCGCGAUGCCUAUUUUUCCAAAGGGGAGUAUAACGUGAUUGUGGUUGAAUGGGAUGCUGGAUCUUUCCUGAUAUGUUACCUGAUCGCUCGUGGAAGGGUCGAAAAAAUUGGACGAUCUGUGUCCACUUUGAUAAACACUCUGGUGAAGGCUACGGAAAUAUCGCCGAGCUCCAUUGAGUUGAUCGGAUUCAGCCUUGGUGCUCAUGUUGCAGGAAAUGCUGGCAAAUUCCAGAAGGGUAAGAUCGGUAAAAUCUAUGCACUAGAUCCGUCAGGGGUUUUCUUUACCCCCAGUAACAGGGAUUGUGUGAAAAAAACUGAUGCCCAAAUUGUGGAAGUAAUCCACACCAGUUGCCUGGGACUGCGAGAGCCUAUUGGGACCGUUGACUUCUACAUGAACUCGGCCUUCCAUCAACCGGGUUGUUCGACAGACAUAUUCUCUUCCUGUUCCCAUCAGCGGGCUUAUCGUUAUUUCGCCGAGUCUGUCACCAGCACCGUUGGAUUUUGGGGGAAGAAGUGCCAAAAGAUGCAAUACAAUUCAAAUGGUGUAGGGUGUGAUGAAUUUGCAACCGAAACUCUACAAAUGGGUGAACGAGAUGGUGAUCAAACGGGAAUGGACGGAAACUAUUUGAUAGAAACCAAUAAUAAGCCGUCGUUUUCUCAAGGAAAACCAUAAUGGUAUUUCUAAGAACGCUUGUAUCGGUCAAAACGAAUUCUACAAACAAUUUCAAUCUCAAAGUAAACUGCUAUCCAGGCUCGGGGAAUGCUACUGUUUUGUAAAUCUUAAGAAAAAAAAAGUAAACCUGGUCUAUCUGAGUUACCUAAUGUAUAGAGGAACUUUGUAUACUAAAGUGAAUAACAAAUUAGAAUAAUG